CUUUCUUCUUCUUUUAAAGUCUUAAAGCCCACGGCCUGGUAAUACUUCUUUUAAUGCAAAAAGCUUUCCCUCAUUACAAAAGCUAUUACAGAAUCAUCACUUCAAAGCUCAAUGGUCAAAAGCCUAAAGUCUAAUCCCUUGUUAGACGGAUUUGGUGGGUUUAUGCAACUGUAGUACUUCUGUUUUGUUCAGACUCUUAUGUUUGCAGAUAAUUAUCUCUUUCUGGCCUCUACCUGCAACCUCUGGUCUGCUCCAAAGGAAGAAGACAAGUAAAUAUUAAUUAGGAGCCUAUAGAGUGAUCCCUGUGAACCACAUUAACUCUUCUGGGAUACUUCUCUUUUUCAUAUUUUUUAAAAUCCGACCUGUAAUAGUCCUGGUUUUCUUCCAGGAGCGGAAACAAGAAAAUGCUGGGGCUGAGAGUGACUACAAGACACAAGCGUUCAAAGAGCUUUCCUGAUAAGAAAAGAGUUGAGGAAGAUAGCUUAAGUAGUUCUCAAGAAGCAUCACAACCAACAAAGCUGGUAAAGGACCAGGAGACACGGCAAAUGAUGGACCCUUCUAAAACCAAGAAGAAACAGCUGCCCAAAACAGAAGUGCACAAUUGUUUGAAGCAAGAGAUUCUACAGCUUGAGAAAAGACUACAAGAUCAAUUUCAGGUCCGUCGUUCUUUGGAACAAGCAUUGGGUUAUAGGACUUCUUCCCAUGGUGAUACAGAUAAAAUGUCAACGCCCAAGCCUGCCACAGAACUGAUUAAAGAAAUCGCAGUGUUAGAGUUGGAGGUUGUAUAUUUGGAACAAUAUCUUCUCUCAUUGUAUCGAAAGGCAUUUGAUCAACAAAUUCCAUGUAUAUCUCCUACUACUAAGGAUGAAAUAUCAAGAGCACCUUUGGCUACCCCAAGGGGAAGAUUUGUGAAAGAUUCUGAGCCUGCUACCACACCUAAAAGAGAAAUCCCUUCUAUCCAAUCUGGUUGUUAUUUAGUUGACAGUCAGUGUAAAAAGUCCAAUGGUAUUGAAGCAGAAGAUAAGCUAUUAGAAUCCGGUGUUCAGCGAUGUCACUCCUCACUGUCACAACAUUCUGCAUUUCCUACUAGAUCGUCCCCUCCAACAGAGUCUUUGGGUAGAGCUGUACGUGCUUGCCAUUCACAACCAUUAUCCAUGAUGGAGUAUGCCCAGAAUGCAACAAAUAUAAUCAGUCUAGCAGAGCACCUUGGUACUCGCAUUUCUGAUCAUGUGCCAGAGACACCAAACAAGCUGUCCGAGGAUAUGAUCAAGUGCAUGUCAGCCAUAUACAGCAAGCUUUCUGACCCACCAGUGACACAAAAUGGGCUUUCGUCUCCUAAUUCAUCCAUAUCAUCAUUGGGUGCAUUUUCUCCACAAGAUCAGUGUGAUAUGUGGAAUAAUUCAACUUUUGAUGUACAGCUAGACAAUCCUUUCCAUGUAGAAGGACUUCAAGAAUUUAGUGGACCAUAUAGCACAAUGAUUGAAAUCCCCUUGAUCUACAGAGACAGUCAGAAGUUAGGUGAUGUUGAACACUUACUUCAAAAUUUCAGGUUGCUCAUAUCUCAAUUGGAAGCUGUUGAUCCUAGGAAGUUAAAACAUGAGGAGAAGCUGGCAUUCUGGAUCAACAUACAUAAUGCAUUAAUGAUGCAUGCAUAUUUGGCUUAUGGGAUUCCUCACAAUAAUGUAAAGAGACUCUUUCUCCUACUGAAGGCUGCCUAUAACAUUGGGGGCCACACAAUCAGUGCAGACACUAUACAGAACUCUAUUCUUGGAUGCCGAAUGUCUCGUCCUGGACAGUGGAUUCGCUUAUUACUCUUGUCAAGAGGAAAAUUCAAAACGGGAGACCAACGGCAAGCAUAUGCACUUGAGCAUCCAGAACCACUAUUGCACUUUGCUCUCAGCUCAGGAAACCAUUCUGACCCUGCGGUUCGUGUGUACACACCCAAGAGAGUAUAUCAGGAGCUAGAAGCUGCAAAAGAAGAGUUUAUCCGGGCUACCUUUGGUGUACACAAGGACCACAAAAUUCUUCUACCAAAGAUUGUGGAGUCAUAUGCAAAGGAUUCGAGCUUAUGUCCUGCUGGUAUCAUGGAGAUGGUUCAACAGUCUUUGCCUGAACCUUUAAAGAGGAAAAUAAAGAAAUUUCAGGCGAGUAAAUCCCGCAAGAGCAUUGAAUGGAUCCCUCACAAUUUCACAUUUCGGUAUCUGAUAUCUAAAGAGCUGCUGAGGUGAUUGGUGCUUGAGCUCGCUGUUCCCUAUUGUUAAUUAAGAUUUCUAUAUAGGAAGAUUUGACACUUUUUUUCCUGUACAAAGUAGAAUAUGAAGCUGGAAAUGGUAGGCCGAUUAGAGCAUGGGGCAUUUUGUAUUUAUGUAUGUAAUCACCAUUCUCGUAUGUUACUAGCUAGAUGAAUUAUCUAUAAAAUAAUUGCCAUUAUGUUAA